GCCCGGUUGCUUGGAGCCGCAGCCAUGUUGGGAACAUUAGAAGGGAACCAACAGUACAACUAGAAGGACGGGAACACCUAGGUUCGGCAGCGGCGUGUCGUUUAACACCUAACACCACCACAAUGGCUGACCCGGAGAAGCAGCCCGAACAACCCAAGGCUGUACAGCAAAAGCAGAUCAUCGCUAACAAAGUGACCGGGACUGUGAAGUGGUUUAACGUGAAGAGUGGCUACGGGUUCAUCAACAGGAAUGACACCAAGGAGGAUGUAUUUGUCCAUCAAUCGGCCAUCGUAAAGAACAAUCCGAAAAAGGCUGUACGCAGCGUGGGGGACGGGGAAGUGGUCGAGUUCGACGUGGUGAUCGGGGAGAAGGGCAACGAGGCGGCGAACGUGACUGGGCCGGAAGGAGAGGCGGUCAAGGGCUCGCCCUACGCGGCCGACAAGCGACGAGGAUACCGUCAGUGGUUCUACCCUCGUCGAGGUGGCGCGAGGCCGCCGCGCAGGCCACGCGAGGGUCAGGAAGGCUACGAGUCGGGCGAGGGCGGGAAGCCCCAGGACGACGUUAGCGCCGGGGAAGGAGGAGGGCAGCAGCAGCAGCGCCGAUACAGGCCAAGGCGUCGAUUCGACGGAUAUUACCGAGGGCCGCGUCGCUCCGGUCCCGGAGGCCACCAGCACCAGGGCGAGGGAGGCGAGGACGCCGGUGAGGGAGGCGAGCAGGGCGGCGAGGGACUCGCCGAAGGCAACGUGCCACGCGGUGGGGGAGGAGGACGAGGACGCGGUGGAGCUCCCCGACGAUUCUUCCGUCGCAAUUACCGCGGCGGCAGGGGAGGAGGUCCCCCCAGGCGUCCAAGGAGCCAGGAUGGCCAGGUAAGCGAUGACGAGGAGGGUGCCGGUGAGGGGGGCCUGCAGGGUGCAGGCGGCUCGCAGCGGCCCCUCCGCCCCCGCUACAGGCGUCGUGUUCCCCGCCAACCACGUCCGAAUACCCAUCUCCAGGGCGCCAACAAAGAGAACCUCCAGCCCGCGGCUAACAAACCUGCUGAUCCUCCUCAUGCACAAGCUACAGCCAAGACCCUCUCUGAGGGCGGCGACAAGCCUGUCAAGUCGGAGCAAAAGCCGGAUGCACCUAAGGAUGCACCUGCACCUGCCCCCGCUCCACAGGAAAGUCAACCAGUGCAGAACACCACCACCGAAAGCACUGCUUAAGAGAAAAGAUUGCCGCUGUAUCUUCCGAAGAACUUCCGUCAUUUUGAUCCGACGUGAUAGCGAUUUAAAAAAUAUUUAAUUCUAAAUCUUAACAACAACAACACCAACACCAGCUAUAACAAAAUGAAACUAAAAUAAUAAUAACAACAAACGGAAGUAAAUCGCGUGUUGAACGUGCAGCGGCAGUAAUCAUGCUAAACAUCAGAAGUAGCAGCAGCAGCAGCGGCAACAGCAACAACAAUCAACAACAACAUACUAUAACAAUUAUUGAAAAAAUACAAAAAAAAAAAAAAAAAUAAUACAAAUACACAACAAAAAAAAAAAAAAAAAAGAAUGAAAGAAAAGAAAUCUCCCACCCCUCACGAGUUAAAAUAACAAUAACAGUAACAGUAAACCAACAACACACUACGAAUUUAUAUCUACUGAAUAUAGGAACCAUUCUUUUACCGCGGUAUUACAGAUGGGGCCCAAGGCGCAAUUAAGUAAUUAUAAUAACCGUUUAGUUUUUCAUCACACAAAUAUUGUAUACGAAUAUCUUACCACAGCGGAGAUGUCGAACAUCAUCGUAAUAUUAAGAAGAAGGGAGAGGAAGAAGAAGAAGUAUAAAAAGAAGAAGAAGAACUAUUAUUAUUAUUAAAUGCGUUGUAGGAAAAUUGUUUUGCUAAAUAUCAACUUAUUGCCAUUUGUAUUCUAUUUUACGUACCUUUUUCACAACUAACCGAAAGAAUUUUAAGUCAGGGCUCAACGCGAGGUUCGUAGAUCAACAAACUGUGUAACUUGGUCAAAACAUAUAAUAUUUCGUGCAGUUUCACCAUUCAGUGAUUUCAGGCGGUGGUUGAUAUAUCUUGUGUAUAAGAAUUUCAAUUUGUCUUUUUUUCGUCACGAGAUCGAAUUAACGACAACAUUAAUGAAAACAAUUUUUCUUUUUUCCAACAAACAAAGUCUCUCGCGUCGCGUUUCACACAUGUUGUAUCUCUACGCGAAAAUUUAUGUACCAACUAUACUAUUACUGCUACUACUACUACCACUACUACUACUACUACCACUACUACUACUACUACUACUAUUGCUACCUAACUGCGGGUAGAAGCUAAUGAAUUGAAUUUUUUUAAUCAUGCAGCCUCGUAAGAGAAGAAUGAUUGGGAUGAAUUUCUUUUCUUCUCACUAAGAAAAUUAAUCGAGUACAAUUGUAAACUGCAUGAUGAAAAGAAAGAACGAGGAAGAAAUAACAAGUUAAUUUUUAGUCAAAUCGCGCGGUAAGACUUGAGAUGAUGACGAUAAUAAAAGAAAUAAUCAAAUAACGAUCUUAACAAUAUAGUUAUACCAUUUUUAAUUCAAAAAUGAAUUAAACUUGAUUGAAAUAUUGGAGGAGGAUAAAAGAUUUUGCGGACACGGUAUAUAUAUGUAUAUAUGUGUAUGUAUAUAUACGUAUAUAUCUGUCUGGUCAUGUAUGUGAUGAAAUUAUAAUUUUGGUUUUUUUUUUCAUGGUUAUUUUUCUAAGUUUUAUUCUGUUGCUUCGCAAGUUAUCACGGAAUUUUUUUUCUCCUGAUUUGUUUUUACGUUUUUUUUUUUUUUCGCGGACGCAUUGGACCAAGUUCUACGUGUGACUUAUAUGACUAAUGAAUUAGUUUGAUAAUAAUUGUAUUAGUUUUUUUUUUUUCCACCCCUUCCUCUUUCUGUGAUCUGAAACACACAUCACAUUCAUACAUACACUAUGUGGCAUUAUAUCGCUGAUGAUGAUCGAUCGAUCGGUUACAAUUAGAAGAAGAAAUGAUAAGUUCAAAAAUUAUUAAUUUUAACACACUCACUAAACCUCCACACAUUUAAUCUAAAAUUAUUACGAAACGUGAAUGUGACGAUAAUUUGUAAAUUAAGUAAAUUUUUCUUCCACUUGCGUCAAUAUGCGUAGUUUUCAACUUUGCGAUUGUUGCCUAAAAAGUAAACAAUUAAUGAAAACUGUUAAAUCAUGUUUUUACAACUCUUUACAGCAAUAAAAAAAAUUAAAUAAAAUCAAUAACGAUAAUGAUUACCCCUAGUGGGUUGUACUUGAAAAUGUGUAACAAUUUAUUACUAACUAGCAAAUGCAAAUGAAAUUUCUAAGUUUUUUUUUUUUUUUUUUUCUUUUCCCCCUCAAUGUACAUAUAACAAUCACUGGCAUCGACGCAUGCAAGAAGUUUUCACGGAAAGACAGGAGUUUAAACGAUUAUUAUGAGAAAGAAGUAAGAAAGAAAGAUGGAAGAAUUUACAUCUUGUUUUUCCUCUGGAUCGAAUAUUUCAAUUACCUCCUAUACGCGAAUUUUUUUUGUUCUUUUAUCAAUCUUUAUACCGAGAUUCUUUGUUUCAAAAUUUUUAUUUGUACAUUGCGAUAUGAAGUGAUGGAAAAAAAGUGGAAACAAGAUAAAACAAUAAAGUGUAUCAUUUCUACUGAUAAUUGUAAGAUUGUGUGUAAUAUUAUUUUAUUUUUUCAAUUCUCAAGUUCUCGUACGAGUCACGUUCGUUGUUUCAUCCAAUCAACAAAAUCACUUUAAGUAGGGGAAAGAAGUUAUUGGUUGGAAAAAUCUUUGACGAAUCAAGAGUCACCAGGGUAGUAUUUUAUCUUUGCCUCGUACUAUUUUUUCCUUAUAAAUCCAUUGUCGUAUUGUUUAAAGUUACCGCUUGCAAAGAUUCGAUCUCGUUCAAUCCGCAUUGUAGAAAAUUAUAUCGACGUACUUCAUGAUCCUGAACAUAUAUAUACACCUCGUUUAAAGCGUCAGUAUAUGCGAAUAUUGUUUGGAACACAUUGCUGUGUAAGAAUGAAAAAUAAGAGGAAAUACCCCCACGAAAGAUUUGUUGAAAAAAAACAACAAAAAAAAAAAAGGAUACGUUUUGUGUUAGUGUCGUCGUUUGUUAUAUACACAGCUCGUUGAGUCCUUGUGAUGUGCAUAAUAUCUUUGUUUGUGUGUUAAUAAUUAUUUGCGAGAAGAACAAGAAUAAUAAUAAUAAGAAGAAGAAGAAGAAGAAAGAGAAGAAUAAUAAUAAGGUGAUGAAAAAUGUGAGGAGAAAAAACAGAAAAUAAGAAAAAAAUAAUCAUAAAAAAAUUAAUAAUAAUAAUCGAAGUUAAUAUCUAGAGAGUGCUGGAAUUUAUGAAGAACCCGCGGUUACCAAAAAGCUUCGACAUUCUAAACUAGGAGCGCUCCUCGCGUAUUCGUUGAGUAUGAUAUUUUACCUAGUAAUUCGAUUUUCACUGAUUGAAAUUAUUAUUAAUGUUUGAAGGCACGAUUAAUUGUAGGCGCUGCUAGUAGGUCUGGUAAUGAAGCUUGCGAAAUAUGCAUGCAGGGCGAAAUACAAAGAGGAAGAGAGUAAAAGAGACCUCAGAGGGUAACCGCGAAGUCAACCGAGCACCGUAGACGUAUGUAAGAUCAAAGCUUACACGAAGAAAAAGAAAAA